GGGCGGUAGAGAGCCGUGGCUCGAUUCUGRCCCGGGCUUUUAUUUUCUGCUGAAUCGGUUCAAGCUCUGCGAACCUCGGGAUGAAAUAUGACUCAUCGGGAAGUUUACUCGCCUUCCCUUCCACCUGACGCGUGGUUUGAAGAGUCGAGCGUUUCGUCGUCUGUGCGAGAGAAGCCGAAACUUCCCACGGCUCCUGAAGGCAGCACGGACCUCCUAAUUGGAGUCAGAUCUGUGAGCGCGAGGAGGAGCCGUGAAAACUUCUGCUUCCCGAGUCAGCGAUCAUCUUCCUCCCAGACGGUCCACCGAGUGGACGGAAGAMUGUAAACAACUUGUGGAGAACCUUAACCGGAGUUCACUUUUUAAUUAUUGUUUUUUAUUAUUAUUAUUUUUCGUCUGAGGCUGGAGGAUGGAGGCCUCAUGCUUAGACCUGGCUCUGGAAGGUGAGCGGCUCUGUAAGACGGGCGAUUAUCGUUCAGGCGUGUGCUUCUUCGAGUCUGCCAUACAAGUUGGAACAGAAGACCUUCAGAUCCUCAGCGCCAUCUACAGUCAGCUCGGAAAUGCCUACUUUCACCUUCAAGAGUAUACCAAAGCUCUAGAGUACCAUCGACAUGACCUCACACUUACCAGAACAAUUGGUGAUGAACUCGGUGAGGCAAAAGCCAGUGGUAACCUUGGGAACACAUUAAAGCUUUUAGGACGAUAUGAUGAAGCAGUGGUUUGUUGCCAAAGACACUUGGAUAUCACAAGAGCCAUGUAUGAUAAGGUUGGGCAGGCUCGAGCGCUGUAUAAUUUCGGAAACGUUUACCACGCCAAGGGCAAGAGCAUCUGCUGGAGUGGAGGUGAGCCAGGAGAGUUUCCAGAGGAGGCGAGGACUGCCCUCAGAAAGGCUGCACAGUACUACGAAGCAAACCUUUGUGUGGUGAAGGAGUUGGGCGACCAUGCAGCUCAGGGUCGGACUUAUGGUAAUCUCGGUAACACUUACUAUCUCCUGGGUGACUUCGAAAGUGCAGUGGCCGCACACGAAAAGCGUCUUCUUGUUGCUAAAGAGUUUGGGGAUAAGUCUGCGGAGCGGCGGGCCCACUGCAAUCUUGGCAAUGCACACAUAUUCCUCGGCCAGUUUGAGGUAGCGGCCGGUCACUACAA